GCGCUCCCCCUCGCCGCCCACUCCCCUGCUGUCGCGCGGCGGCGGCGGUGGUGGCGGCGGCGGCUCCUCCCGCCCGAGGCAGUCGGGCUCGGCGCCGGGGGCGGGAGGGGGCGGGGGGAGCGCGCCAGCCGCCGAGAGUGGGGGGCGAUGGCGAAGCUCCGGGUGGCUUACGAGUACACGGAAGCCGAGGACAAGAGCAUCCGGCUGGGCUUGUUUCUCAUCAUCUCCGGCGUCGUGUCGCUCUUCAUCUUUGGCUUCUGCUGGCUCAGUCCCGCGCUGCAGGAUCUGCAAGCCACGGCCGCCAACUGCACGGUGCUGUCGGUGCAGCAGAUAAGCGAGGUGUUCGAGUGCACCUUCACCUGUGGCGCCGACUGCAGGGGCACCUCGCAGUACCCCUGCGUCCAGGUCUACGUGAACAACUCCGAAUCCAACUCCAGGGCUCUGCUGCACAGCGACGAGCAUCAGCUCCUAACCAACCCCAAGUGCUCCUAUAUUCCUCCCUGUAAGAGAGAAAAUCAGAAGAACUUGGAAAGUGUCAUGAAUUGGCAACAGUACUGGAAAGAUGAGAUUGGUUCCCAGCCAUUUACUUGCUAUUUUAACCAAUAUCAAAGACCAGAUGAUGUGCUGCUACAUCGCACGCAUGAUGAGAUUGUCCUCCUGCACUGCUUCCUCUGGCCCCUGGUGACAUUUGUGGUGGGCGUUCUCAUUGUGGUUUUAACCAUCUGUGCCAAGAGCCUGGCAGUCAAGGCAGAAGCCAUGAAGAAGCGCAAGUUCUCUUAAAUGGAGUAGCCUUGUGGGAAGCAAAGCACAGAAGCUGCACGCCUGGGCACACGUCCAUCUGCAGAGCCCGUGUUUCCUGGAGCAGGAGAUGGAAGGGGCCGCGACAGGUCUCCAAGAGCCUCCUCCCUCAGUGGCAGCAGAAACAGGCACAACUGGAAGACUUGGAACCUCAUAGCUUAUAUUCCAUGUGUUGUAGCAAUGGCAAAGGGUCAAGCUCUUAGCUAUAUGGAGUAACUGUUUCAGAAAACCCUAUAAGAAGUUGAUUUUCUUUGGAAAGUAACAGUAUAUUAUUUGUAUAGUGUAGUAUAUAAACCAUUAUGAUUUAUGCUACUUAAGAAUAUUAAAAUAAGAGUGGUCUGUGUUUUUUUCUAUUUCCUUUUUUAAUGCUUAGAACACCAGGGUUAAAAAGAAAAAAAAAAAAAGGUUUUCUGCUUUUCAUUU